GGGGAAAUAACGCUCAUUUUCGAAUGCCGUUUCCAUUGCGGUGUUUGUGCGGACUUCUCGGUGGAUCAUGUGUAGUUAUUGUUGUGGCCACUCUUGCUGAAGCUGCUUGCUUGAACCAGCCUACCAACGAGGAAAUUCUUUCUAAAGACGUUUGGAACCUUUUGAAACCGUUGUGCUAUAGCAUGGAAGUAGGUUUGUAUGGCCAGUUUGUAGCACUAUUUUUCCACUUUGCAUUUGAAAGUGGACAGUCGAAAGAGGGACGGCCAAACGACAGCAGAGUCGAGGAAACGCCAUCCGAUAAUCGUAAACGAGGAGUACUAUUUGUUGUCGGCGGGGCAUGUGCCAUAAUUAUAACAACAGCGUUCACUGUUACCACAAUAUACCUAUUUUUGGACAAAGAGAAUUUAAGCAUUACGGUUGUGUCUGGUAUUCAGCUAGGGUUACAUAUAUUCAUUAUUGUCUUUGGAUUUAUCGCAUUGUUUUGGAAUGACCUGAUACGUUGCGUAAAGUGGUGUUGCGAAAAGCCGUGUUGCGAAAAGUGGUGUUGCGUAAAGAGCUGUUGCAAACAAAGCACAGUUGACACACAAAACAGUUGUGACACACAACAAACGAAGUGCAAUUCUGAACAACUAACAUCGAAAGACACAUCGGUUUCACUUUGCAAAUGGUCUUUUUGGAGUGGCGAUCCUGAACGAAUCAUAUACAUCAUAUACUUUCUUGGAGCUUUAGCCUUCAACGUAUUUGCUUUCAGUAUGUACAUUAAAUACGGUAAUAGGCUAAAGCUAAAAGAACAGAAAAACCUCGGGACUGCGGAAACGUGUUUUGGAUUUAUAUCAGUUUUUGUUCAAUUCCUUGUGGUGUUCAGUUUGAAGCUACGACACAGUCAUACAGAUGACGAAACUGGUACAGAGAAUACCAGAAGUUACAGAUUUUGCUACAUUGUUUGUCUGAUGUUUCUUCUGACAGUAUCGGCUUCAUUGGCUGCCGUUGACGCACUGAGAGAAGAAAGAGAUCCUGACGAGAUCAAUUUAAAAAGGAUACCCGGAUUUCCUGGUUCAGGUUUUGACGUCCUUUAUCCGCUGGUGGUCGAUUUCAGAAUUCAUUCCCUCAUUAUGAUUAUGUGCAUACUAUUGAAAGAAGGAAAGGCCAAGCACUCGCAGGGCGCAGAGUCUGCUAGUCACUACGGAGCCAUGGGUAAUACGAACCAGCAGCAGAUACCUCAGGAACCAGCAGCAGAGACCUCAGUCGGAUGUUAACACUAAAAGUUAACUCAAUCUACGGUUAUUUUAAUCAACGUAGGCAUGCAGACAAUGCUCUAAUGCUUAGGUGCUAAAGAUACAUAGCCUGUGUCGGUAAGAUCUAAAUAGCUUUCCUUUUUGUGUCACUUAUAGUGUGUAGUAUAGUAUUGCAUGUGUAGUUUGCAGACCAGCGAAGUCACUGACUUUUAUGUUAUAGAUGCU